CACAUUUCUCUCUUGAAGACUAAUACUUUGGCUACUGAUUUAAUGGCUACUGCAUUGGAUAUGUCACUUGGUGAUCUUAUUACAAAUAGAGGUUCCCGUGAGAGAGUUAGAGGGCGAGGUAGAGUUCGCCGUGGCCGUGGACCAGGCAGGGCCCCUGGUGGUGGAAGAAUGCCUGGGGCAUUUUGUAGAGGUCCUCUUGCAGUGAAUCCUCGACCAUCACCAUACAACAUUGCGAAGUCUGUCCGCAGAACCAGGAAUUUCCCAUGGCAGCAUGAUUUGUUUGAAGAGAGCCUUAGAGCUGCAGGGAUACCAGGGAUAGAAAUUGGGACAAAGUUAUAUGUUUCCAACUUGGAUUCUGGAGUGACUAAUGAAGAUAUAAGGGAACUCUUUGCCGAGAUUGGGGAACUGAAAAGAUAUGCAGUUCAUUAUGACAAAAAUGGUCGCCAAAGUGGUUCAGCUGAAGUUGUGUAUACCAGAAGAAGUGAUGCCUUUGCGGCUCUUAAGCGGUAUAAUAAUGUUCUCUUGGAUGGAAGGCCCGUGAGGAUUGAAAUUGUUGGUGCCAAUUCAGAUGUGCCUGUUUCAGCUCGUGUGAAUGUUACUGGAGUAAAUGGAAGGAGGAAGAGGACAGUUGUUAUGACGCCUAGGGUGGGUCCAAUUGAAGGCUCUGCUGCAGUUAAGCGUGGCUCUAGUCAAAGCCGACGUGGGGGUGCAAGGGGUGGCCGUGCACGGGGUCGGGGUCGGGGCCAAGGUCAAGGUCAAGGUCAAGGUCAAGGACGAGGUAGGGGCCGGGGCCAGGUCCAGGGCCAGGGCCAGGGUCGGGGUCGUGAAAAGAAUCAAGCAGUUGAGAUGUCUGUGGAUGAACUUAAUGAUGACCUGGAUAACUAUCAUGCUGGAGCAAAGCACAUUUGAGAGUUUCCAAGCCAAAGAACUGUUCUGUGGAAUUAAAUAUAUUAAUAUUAGUCAAUUUUAGCUGUCAGCUGUACAAAUUUGGUUAUUUUGUUGGUGACUUGUGUCUGUUUUCGGCUUAAUGCUUAGAUAGAGCAUGCAGUGAAUUUUCAUCACAGGAUAUGUGUAGCGUAAAUGAAGCUGCUGGAUGAUUCUUCAUUCUCUA